CGGGACACUAGUUUGGCGCACUAUGCUCGCGUAACUUUGCGAACGGCAAAAGUUUUGAAGUUUAUUGUGUCUGUGGUUUUUGUUAGUUCAAUUUAAUACGGUUUCAUUUCCCGACAAAUAGACGCCAAUCUCCAUAGACAUGAUGUUCUGGGCAGUUUGUUGUGUCACGUUGGCCGUGGGCAGUGUAUGCACAAGUGCGGCGCCUAGGAGCGAAAUUUCACACCCUAUCGACUGGACCCAGCUGGAAUCAGCACCCGAUGAUGAAAGCGUUGAUUAUGCUGUAUCACCUGGACGCUAUCCAUCCGCCCCCUGGCUCUACCUUCUAGCGGAAGCACCUCGUGAAUCACAGAGGCUGGUUCGAGACUUUAACAUUCGACCGAAACGCAAAAUGCCUUCGCUGUCCAUCAACAACCCCAUGGAGGUGCUGCGUCAGAGACUGCUGCUAGAAGUUGCCAGGAAGCAGAUGCGCGAAGCAAACCAGAGACAAGCUGUGGCAAACAGAGUGUUCUUGCAGAAUGUUGGAAAACGAGGUCUUUGGAUGAACUCAGUAUCAUCGCGCUAUGGCAUCUAAGGAACUACGGCUCAACCUUCUCUUCUUUUCUCUUCUAAAGAAGCUAAACAGUCCAAGGUACCUUUUCUUUAAAAAAAUAAAAUUGUUUACAAACAGGAAAUAAACGCUGAAUACUAAGAUUUGUCUUCCUUCUUGUUAGCCUAAGCUCACUGACGUAAUAACGGCCCGUUAUUUAAUCACUAAUUAAACUGACAUGAAAAAAUUAACAUCUGUCUGAAAUCUAAAUACAUACAGUAAGUGUACCCGGAGGUAUAAGUUAAGUCAAAGCUAGCAAGAGCAACACAAAAAAGGCAUAUUCUGUUUCCGUCUUUAUUAGGAAACAUUUAUUUAUAUACGUUGCUUCUCAUUCUUAUAUAUUCUCUCAUUCCCCCUUGGCCAAACGCUUCAUAUUGAAAUCAAAUAAAAUGCAUCGAAAUGGUUUAUUUGAUUUCAAUCUGAAGUCGAACUAAAAACUAAUUAAAACUAAGAUGUGUUUAAACACCUAAAAAUAAUGGAAGAAUGUCUGUAAUUUGUGUAAAAUGCGAUUAUAAAUAAUACGAGUUCUAACGCCGGCUAAAACCUUUGUGCAAACUGAACAUGAAACAAAAAAAUGUCGACGGCCUAAUAAACCUAGAGUAGACAUUGAACGUUAGAUACCUCUCAAAGACUUACCGCUAUGACUCCCGUAUGUCAGAAACGUAUUAGAUUUGUCAUGGGAGCGACAGCGCGUCUCGAUUAUCCCCUAGGCAAGCGUUGAAAUGUCAGUGAACUUGGGUUUUAGAGAAAUAUAUUUUUUCGUAGUCUUAGAUUAGUUUUAAAUCCGUGAUUGUUAGCCAGCUCAACAAUCGCGUAUAAUAGUGUUUUUUUGUUUGUAUUUGCGAAUAUCUUUAUUGCUAUGUGACAAAGAGUAUAAAUAAGUAUUUGAUAGAGGUGGCCUUAAACAUAUUGUGCUAAUUUAGAGGGACUUUUGUUAAAACUUCAGCGAUUAUUACGAACAGAAGCUGUGGAAACAUACUUGAAUUUUUAAUUUCAAAACAACUUCACGGACUGCAAUACUGGGUUUUGGUUGCGAAAAUUGCGGCAAAAGAUUUCUCUUAAAUAUUU